CAAAAAAAGCUGUACAUGAACAUCGACCUCAGCCGGCGGACUCGGCGGUCAAUGCAGUGCCUAUCUUCUUGGACAUGCCUCUUUGUUUCUUUUCUUUCUACUCCUUUACUUUCGUCUUAAGCUUUACUUUUCUUCUUCCCUUUCCCUUCGAUUCCAUCCCGCGUGCUUGCUUGACCCUUAGUCGCUUAAACUGUCGAUGGGAAUUUAUUGUUGGCCGGGGUGGAUGGAGCGAGCUUUCAAUGUUCUUUGCAACGUAUUCUAGGUUGGUGCCUAAGUGGCUCUUUCUAGGUGGCUCUUCCAACUUGAGUCCCUCGCCGGGUGCGGUAUGCGGCGGUUAGAGUCCCUUGCGUUUCGCUCACUGUCACUCAUGCCAUUGCCGACGGUGCCUUCCAAAGCCUUACCCGUGCUCUCCUUGCCGACUCAAAUCCCCCAAAGGAGUCAGUGUAGAAACAAGACUCCCUAGUAUUGCUGGCUGUUCUAUUUUCGUGCGUUGAAGUAAUACUUAAGGCUACUGAUUCUGCUGUGUUCUGCUGAAUUUAAGACCAGAACCAUUGUCGCUAGAC